AGGGAAUUACGAGUCGAAAGUCGCCUGACUCAUGGGAUCUAUACCACUUGCUUGGCUUCUUCCACAAGGAAGCCUUUCAGCAUCACCUCACCGCCAUGAGCCCACGGUAAGAGUCUCCAGUUUGACACUUGCAAGAGCAGUCCCGACUGUGUUGUGCCUCGAUCAUCCCUCCCAGCAGGAAUAUAUAUAGGCACUCUUUGAAUAAAAUUGCACCGUUUACACUGAGGACAUUUUCAGUGCUUUUGCAAACCGUAUAUACCCGUUAUACUGGCAGUCAUGGUGGCAAAUUUCAAGGUUUUCAAGAAGAAUUCCCCCAAUGAAAAGCUGACUCUUUACUUGCCGAAACGUGACUUUGUUGAUCACAUCUCUUGCGUUGACCCGAUUGAAUGUGUCGUACUCAUCGAUCCCGAGUAUCUUGUGCAUAACAAGAAAAUCUUCGGGCAAGUCGUCGUAUGCUUCCGAUAUGGACGCGAGGAAGACGAGGUCAUGGGCCUCACUUUCCAAAAGGAACUUUACCUCGCCUCGGAACAAAUCUACCCGCCGACCAAGAAAGACUUGAAGAUGUCCAAGCUUCAGGAAAGACUGGUGAAGAAGCUGGGAAGCACUGCGUAUCCAGUCACAUUCGAGAUAUCUACGGCAGCUCCAACCAGUGUCGUCAUCCAAGGAGACGCCGGCAACGACAUGAAAGCUUGUGGCGUGGAAUAUUUUGUCAAACUCUACCAUCACGGAGACAGGGUCUCCGUGAACAUCUGCGUGAGGAACCACUCGAACAAAGAGGUGAAAAAGAUCAAAGCAUCCGUUCAGCAGUGCAUUGACAUCACCAUGUUCACUUCCGGGCAAUAUCGAGUUUCCGUGGCUUCCAUCGAAACUGAAGAAGGAUGCCCAAUAAGCCCGGGAUCUUCGCUUCAGAAAGUGCUCCACUUGAGUCCGAGCCUGGAGAUGAACAAACGUAAACCAGGCGUGGCCUUGGACGGUAAACUCAGACACCACGAAACUUCUCUGGCCUCGUCCACCUUGCUGGCGGACCCGGAUCAGAAGGACAUUUUCGGAAUCAUUGUUUCGUACGUUGUACGAGUCAAACUCUACCUCGGUGCUUUGGGCGGAGAACUGACCGCCGAAUUGCCCGUUGUCAUUAUGAACCCGAAGCCGGACAAACUGCGAAUUUUCAGAGCCGAUUCUACGGCAGAUGUGGAAACUUUCCGCCAACAAAGCGUGGAAAACGACUUGGACGACGACGUCGGCAUGAUCGGCAAGAAUAUCGAGAAACUGAGAAUGAUCUCCGAAUGAAAACUUGACAGAAAAAAAAACCAAGAAAAACCUGGAAAAUUGACACGUGAAUUCAGCGCUGAUUCGAAAUCUUAAUCACGACGUUCUGCGAAUCCAUAACCUCCGAAACGGAAAUGACGUCCAGAAAUCCACAUGUAGCGUCCAGCACUUAGUGGAAAUACAUCAUCGAUUUAAGAAAAACUA